AUGGCUUCCAACGUAUAUACUUCGCCAGCUCUCAAGUUUGAGCUGCUCGGGCGUUGUUCUACAACGAGAGCCAGAGCAUCGAUCCUUACUUUGCCUCAUGGCCCGGUGAAGCUGCCAGUAUUUAUGCCGGUUGCUACCCAGGCUUCACUAAAGGGCAUCACGCCAGAGCAGCUGGAGGAAACAAGUUGCCGGCUGUGCCUCAAUAACACAUACCAUCUUGGGCUGAAGCCAGGCCAAGAAGUGCUAGAUGCUGUUGGUGGCGCGCACAAGCUCCAGGGUUGGAAACAUAAUAUCCUUACAGACAGUGGCGGUCUGCUGAAGCUGGCCACUAUUACAGAAGAAGGCGUUCGCUUUCUGAGUCCCCACGAUGGAUCUCCCAUGUUACUUACGCCCGAGCACUCCAUGUCAUUGCAAAACUCUAUAGGCAGCGACAUCAUGAUGCAACUAGACGACGUGAUUGUCACAACGUCGCCAGACACGGAACGCAUGCGCGAGGCGAUGCGGAGAAGCGUGCGCUGGCUCGACCGCUGCAUCGCCGCGCACAAGAAGCCCGAGAGCCAGAACCUGUUUUGUAUCAUCCAGGGCGGGCUGGACCUCGCGAUGCGCCGCGAGUGCUGCGAGGAAAUGAUUGCGCGCGACACGCCCGGCAUCGCCAUUGGCGGACUCAGCGGUGGCGAGGCGAAGGCGGACUUUUGCCGCGUGGUGGAAGCGUGCACGUCGAUGCUGCCGGAGCUCAAGCCGCGCUACGUUAUGGGCAUCGGGUACCCAGAGGACCUGGUGGUCAGCGUCGCGCUGGGGGCCGACAUGUUUGACUGCGUGUGGCCGACGCGGACGGCGCGGUUCGGCAACGCCGUGACCAAGCAGGGCGUCCUCAACAUCCGCAACGCUAAGUUUGGCCACGACUUUGGGCCGAUUGAGACGGGCUGCGGCUGCGAGUGCUGCCGCCCGGGGGGCCUGGGCAUCACCAGGGCCUACAUUUACCACAACACGUCGAAAGAGACGGUGGCGGCGCAUCUGCUCACCAUUCACAAUGUGUGGUACCAGCUGAACCUGAUGCGCGAGGUGCGCGAGGCGAUUCUGGAGGACAGGUUCCCUGCGUAUAUCCGAGCCUUCUUUGGGGGGCUGUAUGCGGACAAGAGCGAGUUUCCGGCUUGGGCGGUGGAGAGCUUGAAGACUGUGAAUGUAGACUUGCUGGCUGAGUAA